GCAGCCCCGAGUCAGCAUCGACGUACGCAGCGCAUUCGUGCAAUUAGCGGGGUGCAACAGCAGGACACACAUUGCAGACAUUGCAGAACCACUGCACAGCAGCACGCAGCGCAACAGCAGCGCGACGCGACAGUGCAGCUGCAAUGGCCGUCCGCACACGGCGACAAAGGCAGCAGGAAGAAGAAAAAAAGCAAAAGCGAUUGCCCUACGCCGCCGCCGCAGCCAUCGCAGCCGUCGUCGCGGCCCACUACUACAACGCGACCGUCAUCCGGUCCGACGACCUCGGCACCGGGACGAUGUUCGACCGCAUCGCGCCGCACUACGACAAGGCCAACGAUUUUAUGUCUCUAGGGUUGCACCACGGCUGGCGCGAGGCGUUGAUUGCUGGGCUGGACAUAUCAUCGAAUGACAAUGCGUUGGACCUCGCAACCGGGACCGCGGACGUGGCCAUCCUGCAAGGAAAACGCGGCGCGACCGUUCUGGGUGUUGACCCUUCCAAAAACAUGUUGGACAUCGGCCGCGGAAAAGUUACCGAAGCGGGGCUCGACGAUGUCGUAACGUUGGAGUUGGGCGACGCCACCUCCCUGAACCUCAAUUCGUCGAUCUACGACAAGAUCACGAUCAGCUUCGGGAUUCGGAACAUCCCCGAUAUUGAUAGUGCCCUGCGCGAGAUGCGGCGCGUCUCUAAACAAGGCGCAUUGUUGGGCGUCUUGGAAUUUGCGCUGCCCGAGUCUGGUUUGUUGGCGCCCGUCGCGCGCGCCUUCGUUUCCGUGGUUGUGCCCGUGCUCGGCGCGGUCCUGUCGGGCGCCCGGUUCGACGAGUACGCGCAUUUGGCGCGGUCCAUCGCGGAGUUUCCCUCGCCUGACAAGUUUCGCGAACGCAUCGCGGCCGCGGGCUUCGAGGCGCGGGAACCGCAGUUGUUUGCCUGCGGUGCGGUUGUCUUGUACGUGGCGACGGCGGUGUAA